AUGGAAAAUAAGAAUCAGACUGAAGUGACUGAAUUUAUUUUCUUGGGCCUCACAGAUAUUCUCCAUCAGCAGAUUGUCCUCUUUAUCAUGCUAUCCAUUGUUUAUCUGGUCACCUUGGGAGGUAACGUAGGGAUGAUUAUUCUAAUAUGGACUGAUCUCAGAUUCCACACUCCUAUGUACUUUUUUCUCAGCCACUUAUCCUUUGUAGAUAUUUGCUCCUCUUCUUCCAUUGCCCCCAAGAUGCUGUGUGAUAUCUUUGCAGAGAAAAAAGGCAUCUCUUUCAUGGGUUGUGCCACACAGAUGUGAAACUAUGGUAUAUUUGUGGCAACUGAAUGUUUCCUCCUGGCUUCCAUGGCAUAUGACCGGUAUAUCGCCAUCUGUAAACCAUUGUUGUACACACUCAUUAUGUCACAGAGGGUCUGUGUGCAGCUGGUGGCAGGGCCUUAUGCCAUGGCUCUUAUAAGCACAAUGACUCAUACAGUUCUCACUUUUCGCUUACCCUUCUGUGGUACGCAUAUCAUCAAUCACUUCUUCUGUGAUAUUUCACCACUGCUUUCCCUGGCAUGUGCAGACACCUGGAUCAAUAAAUUAGUGCUAUUCAUCUUGGCUGGAGCUGUAGUAGUGCUCAGUGGGCUGAUCAUCAUGGUGUCCUAUGUUUGCAUCCUGGUGGCCAUCUUGAAGAUCCAGACCACGGAUGGGAGGCGGAAAGCUUUCUCCACCUGCUCUUCUCACCUGGCAGUUGUCUCCAUCCUGUAUGGAACUCUUUUCUUUAUCUAUGUUCAGCCUGGCUCCAGUCCCUCACUGGAUAUCAAUAAAGUGAUCUCUCUGUUUUAUACUGUGGUGAUCCCCAUGUUGAACCCCCUCAUCUACAGCCUGAGGAACAAGGGUAAAAAUGCAUUCAGGAGGAAGUUUGAGGAGAAAAAUUCUCUAAUGGUUUUGGUAAAAUAG